UUUAUAAUAAAUUUAUAAAUAUUUCGGUGUUUUAAGGGGAGAUGGGAUUUAGUAAACUUACUAAGCCUGAGUCCAAACUAUUAGUACCUUACCAAAAGAAGCCAAAUGCGUAAUUUUCUUAUAAGGAAUGUUAUCCAUGGGGCUUUGCCUUCAUUGACCUUCCUCCUAAUCGACUCUCUCUGACUCAGCUCUUGGCUUAAACUCUCUAAAGGUUCCUCUAAAACGGUAAAAAAUUAUGGUGAAUUCAAUGUUCAUCAAUUGUUCAAGCCAGCCUUUAGAAAUUAUAACUUAAACUAAGCAUGCUUAGUUUAAGUCAUACUUGCAAGUAGGAUUGUUAACUUGGCAUGAUAUACUAUCGAACGCAAGAUUUAGAUAUUGACAAUGUUAUAAGGGUAACCUUUUAUGUUCCAGGCUUCAGGCCUAUUUUGAUCCUGAUAGAUAAAAGGUAUGAUGAUAUUGAAGCAGUAAUGUGUAAAAUCUGCCAAAAACUUUGAAUAUUCUACAAGAGUGAUUACUGAAUGAUUCAUCCAUCCGGAGCGAUAGUGGAAGACCUCGAGCUCUUAGUAAAUAAUGAUCGUAUCAUGCUAGGCACUUUUUAUGACUUCCCCUGACUCCAAAGACUUCCCUGACCUAAAAAGGAUUGAUAUAAGCCCAAGAGUAGACGGAUGACCAUGGAUGAAUUGUUAGGCAUCACUAAUAGUAGCAAAGUAGCAGCCUAUUUCUAGCCAUAACUUUAACUAAAUAAUGACUUAAAUGACCUUUUGAGCACA